GUCAGAGCGGAGACAGGAAGUGAAGAACACGAGGAGGCUCCAGGACUACGGGACCCAGCAUGCAGCGCGGCGGGCAGAUGUCUGGAGGCUGCUGAGAGUUGUGAGGCUGAGUGGAGCCUGCAGGGGGCAGGAUGGAGGCCGCAGGGCAGGAGCCUUUGUUGUUUGAUGAUGUGGCCAUAUACUUCACCCAGGAGGAGUGGGGGAGCUUAGAAGAGUGGCAGAAGGACCUGUACAAGGAGGUGAUGAUGGAAACCUACUGUGCUCUCCGGUCACUGGGGAUUCCCAUGGUGAAGUCUGAGCUUCUGUUACUGAUCGAAAGUGGAAAGGAACCAUGUAUUGAGGGUGCUCCAAGGUGGGAGGAGCUGGGGUGUGACCCAGAAGCCGCCUCAGAUCUGCAGAGCUGGAGAGAUGCAGAGGAAGUGUCCAUGUAUGACCGGGUGUGGACGGAACAUCGGGCGCUCACAUACCGCAGACGGGUGGUGAGGAAGCGCCGCAGCCGCAGGUCCCCCAACUUCUCCCGUAUAGAACUGGAGUGUUUUGUCUCGUUAAUGGAUCGGUAUCUGCCGGAUGAGCUACAGAGAACGGGAGCCAUCUCUCUGCGCCAGCGCCGUUCCAUUCUCCAGGAAAUUGCCCGCUGUCUGGAGCCCAUGUCUGGCUGCCUCCGCACCCCACGCCAGCUACUCCACCGAUGGGCAGAUUUUAACAACAGAGACCCUGAACGGCUGAUGGAGAUAAGGAUGCAACUCCACUUUGGGAGGAGGUGGAAACGGAGGCUCUCUCGCCCACUUUCAUCACCUUCAUCAUCCUCAGAAGAAGGAGAGGAGGCUCAGGGGGACCCUCUAAGUUCUGAAUGGGAUGAGAGGUCCAGGGAGUCUUCCGCUUAUUUCCCUAUUUUGCCUGACCUUCCUGUGCACACUUCAUUAACCACACACAUCGAUGCACAGGGGCACUACAUUGUGCCACCUCCACUUCGGAAGUCAGGAAAGAGGUGGGGGCAGCGAUCGGCAGGAGAGUGCAUGGAGGAGCAGAGUGGUUUGCAUGGAUCCUCAGGAGUGGUGAAGAGAUUUCCGGGGAGAGCGACUACUGCUGCAUUAUACUCAUCUCUACAUGCACAAGGUGACCCUGCGGUGGGCGUGGAUCCAGAGAUACCUGAUGGACUCGCAGACCCAGGACUGCGGAUGAUUAAAUCCGAGCCGGACAGUGAAGAAGAUGAAGGAGGAGGAAGCUGGAGUAGUGACAUUCCCUCCCCGGAGUCAGUGAUGUCUGGCCAGAGUGACGUGAGGAAACUGAUUGAGCGGCAAAGCACUGAGCCGCUGUCCCCAGCUCUUGUGUCCCCAGAGGAUUCUGUCCAUUUGAAGACGCCCCCUCCUGGAGGUCAGCCUGGUGUCAAGCUGGAGUCUUCUCCUCUCUCAGGACCAUGUAGGCCGGAGUCACAGACGAGCUCACAGCAGGAAGACCCCCCAGGAACAAGAUCUAGCAAGAGGUCCCCAAACUUCUCACCGGCAGAGCUGGAGUGUUUUGUUGCACUAAUGGAUAACUUUCUGCCAGAUAAUCACAUCCGAGCCGGAGCCAUCCCUAUCAGGCAGCGCAAAGCCAUCCUUCUGGAGAUCGCCCGACGCCUGGAGCCUCUGUCUGGAUGUUUGCGCACCCCCCGGCAGCUCCGACACCGAUGGACUGACUUCAACAACCGAGACCCAGACCGGCUGGAGGAGAUAAGAAGCCGGCUGAGGAGAGCUGCCCGACAGGACUCCUGCAAGAAGUCUAUGAAAGCAGCAGAAUCGGCCCCUGCAGCAGGUAACAACUGGAGACGCAGACGUUCUUAUCCACUCCAGCGAGACAUCAAGGAGGAGGAGCAGAACACCUCUGAGGGGCAGAUACCCAGGACACCUUGGCACCACCGUGGGCUUCCAAAACCUAGAAACUCCUUCUCUAUGGCACGAUUAAAAAAAAAUCGGCACUUGGCGCUUCACAUCUUCCGUAUGGAGCGGUUACUCCAGCGAGUAGACCAACAGCAGGAGCUGCUACUACAGACAGCGGACCUCAGCACAGAUGAGGAGGACUGUUCCGAGCAGAAGACAUCACAGAUGCACCUAAGUAUCUGAGACCAAGAUCCUGGACGGCAAGAUUCUCCUGUGAGAAGGGUUAACGUCCAGUCUGCUCAUGUCCCUGCUGUCUGAAAGGACUCGUCUGGUCAGCUGCGCUCAUUCUCAUGGGUGAUGCUGAGCCCAGGUGUGUGAUGUCAUCACCGCUGAAGAGUUCUCUGGAAGCUUUUGGGACCUCGCAUAUUACCUGUUGUCAAUGACGACACGCACUAUACAAUAUUAUGUUAUUAAGUAUUCGUCUGUAUAGUGAGAUAGCUCUGCCCCAGCGAUGACAUCAUCAUACACUUAGCAUGAUAUCUUCUUCAGUCUCUUCUGCUCCCAGCCCUGCUCUUGCUUGAUGCUGCAGUGGGCUGUGCAUCCUCCCUGGGACAGGGAUGAUGGGAGUGAUAUGUUGUGGGGGUGUAUUCUCUCUCCUCCUUUUUCACUUUGAUUACUACCACCAUGUGUCCUCCGGCCGUUUCUUAGGUCUGAACAAACUCCUUGUGUCCUCUUUACCUGGCGUCCUCCAGAGCAGCAGAUUACUAGACCAGGACCGCUCCCCUCACUUAUAAUAAAAUAUUCCUUGUUCGCUACUUGGAUUCUGAUUUACCAAAAUCUCAAAAAAAAAAAACGCCCUUUGCCCCUUGUUCCUGUCACUGUAUUCAGGUCAGGCAUGAAUGGUGGCUCAUCAUGUAGUCUGUGGUCGCAUCUACAGAGACUGUGGAGCUUCUUCCUGCAUUCUGAGGGCUCUUCCCAUUGACUGCAGUGUGUGAAGUCAGCCAUGGAGCUGACGGGGGCUAGUAAUACACCAUCCAGUCCUGUACAUGGUGACACACUGGCUAAGCUUCAGCAGGUUAAAGAAGACAUGCCGCAUUUUAGCCAGGUUGUAAGUUAAAUCUGUGCCGGCUCAACAAAUUUAAGAAACCUUAUAAGGGAAUUUCUUCAAAGUGUUUUGGGGUCCAAAUACAUUCGACCUAAAUCAAAAAUGCUGCGAUUGCCCUGAAAAGUCAUGUAUGACACUCUGAGGUCUGCUAGGACGGGAGCCGACCCAUGUAAAACUCUGUAAUGUCCGAGUUACAGCCAUGGGUGGACGGACCGGAGCCGGUGCGAAAAAACAGUCUGGUUGAUAACGUUGCUGCGUUGCCUGAUUUUUUUAAUGCUUUUUCAAAUGAAAAAUGUUCCUAAAAUGAUCACUUAUUGGGGACCAGCAACAGGUUUGGUGUUAUGUGAAAUAGUCUCCACCAAUUCCACCGCCAUAAGCGCCGCACAGCCACAAUGUUCCUGCACUUGUCGCCGGCCACGUUGCCCAGUUAUACUUAAAGGGGAGAUUUCCAGCAGGACAUUUACUGCUCGAUGCACAGUAGCAACUGAUCAGCUGUGUGAGGCUCCUGAGCGUGUCGACUCUUCAGCCUACACUUAUCCUAUGGGGAAGGGGAGCAACGCUCUGCCCUCUCUCAGUUGGAGGUGGAUAAGGGCUUGGUGGCAGUGGCACCUGGCCUCCUUGCUGUGGAGCAGAGACAUCACUGGAUGAAAUGCAUUGACCCAGUGACCAUGAAAGACAUUUCCUGUCCCUCGAUGGUGGGUUGCUUCUUGCCACACAGCGGCAGGUUCUUCACCACAUGAGAGUACAGGACAGGGAUGACUUUUGAGAAAUAAUGGCGGCUAGGUUUCAUCCAUCGAGGCUGAGCACAUGCCGACAGUUGCCUAAAGGCACUGAAGUCAGUUGGACACAAGCACUCUGGGCUCCUGCCCACUCAUUUCAUUAUGGAUGACUGAUUAUGAUGACAACGACACCGUGCUGAUCUUGGAUGUGUUCUGGUUACUGAUGAUGGGGAGGUGGACACUCGUUUUCUGGAGAGGUGGACACUCAUGCUCUGGGAAGGUGGACACUCGUGCUCUGGGGAGGUGGACACUCGUGCUGACAUUGCUGAAUGUGAUGCCGGUUCAUGUGAUUAAAGAUGUUUUCUGGGAUUUUAAUAUUGAUGACCUGUCCUCAGGAAAGGUCAUCACUAUCAUAUCAGCGGGGGUCUGACACCCGCCACUCCCAACGAUCAGCUGUAUGAGGAGUCGGCGCACGCCAUACCAGCACUGCCUUCCUUGUUUACCUGCUUGACAUCGCAGCAGUGAUUAGUGUAAAUACAAGCCGUCCAAUUGGCUUCUAUGGGACGGCUCCGUCCUAUACACUUGAAUAUCCUGAGGAUAGGUCAUCAAUAGGGUUGAGCGAAUCGAGCUUUCGAUCAUAGAUCAGAGGUCGAUUUGUUAAAAUGCAUGGGCUCCGUGUAGUAAAAUUUUGUCUCGGCCGAAGUUGCACCAGACUUCGGUAAAUGAAUACGGUAUUCCUAUCUGCAUCUUUAAAAACAUUUUAAAAUAGGAAUCUGAAGUUGGCUUCGCUAUCGAGGUACCAGCCAGUGCCAAAGCCCAUUUCAGACCUCAGUACCAAAGCCCACUUCUGUGAUCGGAAGCUCGAUUCACUCAACCCUGGUCAUCAAUAUUAAAAUCCUGGAAAUACCCUUUAAAUAGUUCCUACAUUUGUGCUUGAAUGGUCGCAUCUUAGGUUUUGUCUGCAGAGCUUGCACACUCGGCCAGCACAGUGGGGGAGUAUUCCCUCACAGGGGAUAAACAUUUCUGCCCUCCCCAGGGCACAAACAGCAGCAUCUCCUGCCCCUGAGCCGAGCACAGCAGGAGCAGAUCUGCCUCGAGCGAUUUCUUUGGGUGUUUUGGCCAUACAGUAUGUGCUCUGCUCUUUCUUUGCUGUCACCACCUCCUCGUCGUCCGGAUUCUGCCCCUUCUCUCACACUGCGAUGUCAUCACGGGCUCCUUGCCCCUGAUGAGUCCCACCUUUAGAUUUGGCCCAAGUGCCCCUACUACCACCAUGGCUACAAAUGCCCCUACUGCCACCACUCACACAGCUAUGCAUUUCACUCAUGUCCUCCGUGUCUUCCUGAACCUCCUCGUUAUUGACUCUUCUGGAAUAUCUGCAUUAGCACUAGGAUGUUGUCUCUUAGUAGAAAAGAAGGCGCCCCUCAAGAAGGGGUCAAGGAACGGAACCCAGGCAGAGGUGAGAUCAAUCUCGUCCUGGUGUGACUGACAUAAUGAGCAAGCCACCCAGUCCACAAUGUUAUCCAGUUCCUCCCCAACAUUAAAGGGGCUGGCCUCCGGAUAGGUCAUUAGUAUCUGAUCAGUGGUGGUCCGACAACCAGGACCUCUGUCGGUCAGCUGUCUGAGGAGGCAGUGGAGCUCCUGUGAUUGCCGCAGCCUUCUUUCUACUUUCCCUAGGUUGAGUGAUGAAACGUUCAUUGGUCACGUGGCCUAGGAGCAGUACAGCCACAUAAAAGUGAAUGGGGUGACCUGUGAUACCAAGAACGGCCACUAUACUAUAGACGGCGCUGCGGUUGGUGAGCCGGAAGAAGGUAGCGAUGCACAGGAGCACCACUGCCUUCUCAAACAGCUGAUUGGCGGGGUCCUCACUGAUCAGAUACUGAUGACCUAUCCAGAGGACAGGUGAUCAAUGUUUAAGUCUCAGAAAACCCUUUUAAUCUAUUGCCUGGCAGAAGACUGGCCUUACGGCUGCCACCAAGUGUGCUGUUGCUACCUGCACAACAGCUGCUCCGUGGUGGACGACGCAGGGGCACAUUCCUGUUUUUUUAACUCCGCCCGCUGCCACUCUUCAUUUACCAGAACACCUCGUCCGGCCCGGGACACAAAUCUCUCAUAAACGGCUAAAAAACGUUUUUCAGAACUACAUGCACAACUUAAUUAACACUGGAUGAAAUGUGACAUCAGUGUAAAUUAUUUACAAUAAUAUGCGCUAUCGGGCAGAGUACAUUUUACAGGAAGUGAAAAAUGAAAUAUCCAAAUUUUAUAAAAUUUGAACAAUUUUUUAGAAUAAUAUGCGCAAUCGGACAGCAGAGCAGUUUAGCAGUGAGAGAGCCAGAACAUCAUGUCCCCUAUACUACAAGAGUUUUUGAUAAAUGGAAUUUUUGGGAUACAAUUUCCAGUAUACGGUGACUCUGACACGAUACAUCCGCCCAGGAAAUCUGUCACAUGGAUUAGCAAUAUGAACGUAAAACUAUUGCCAUGUACAAUA